AGAAGAAUUUUGAUAUAUUUUAAGGAAAAUGUUGAAAGUGAUAUGUUUUGCUGCGUCGGUUUUUGUUUUGGCGGAAUCUGUGGAUUAUUCAAGGACAGAAGAAGGGUACCAUAGAGGAAUUUUGCCAGAUUGUCCAGGUUCAACAAAACCAGCAGAAAUCACACCAAAUAGCUUGAAGAACUUAAAGAUAUCAGUAUUUGGACCAAGGGCCAGCCUAACAACAUACUCUUACUACCAUGCCAAGCGAAUAGCCCGACAUCCUGAGAUAGAUUUCAACAAGAAGACUAUACUCUAUGUCCCUGGGUAUUUGGACAUGUCCACGGUGCCUAUUCGGAGGAGUAUGGUCCAGCUUUAUAAGGAGUUGGGUUAUAAUGUCCUCAUUUUGGACUACGAGGCUUUUGAUUCGGGAGAAAUGCCUGUUGCGGCUCGCCUAAUGCGUCCAGUUGGCAAGCAUGUCGCGGAGAUGCUAUCAAACCUAACCACGCUCGGACUGGACCCCAAAAAACUAGAACUCGUUGGUCUCAGUUUAGGCGGCCAAGCUAUAAGCUUCAUAGCCAAGAACUACCGCGAAAUAACUGGCCGGAACAUAUCCUCACUAACCGCUUUGGACCCUGCUGGGCGCUGCUUUAGACAUCUCGGACCAGAUCAAAGACUCGACCCUUCCGACGCUGACUUCGUCCUUAGCAUUGCCACUAAUAUGGACGAAAUGGGUAUAGCAACUCCUGUCGGUCACGUCACUUUUUACGUCAACGGAGGAGAAUUCCAACCCGGGGAUGUGUGGUGGCUACCCUGUGAUACUCUCUGCAGUCAUGUCAAAUCCUAUAUUCUUUGGCUCUCAGCUCUGAUCCAUCCAGGAAAAUUUGUAGGCAUGCAAUGUGAUUCUAUACAACAAGCGAGAGACUUUGACUGUUUUGACCGGAAGCCUUUAGUGACAAAUACGAUGGAUUUGUAUACGGAUAGAAGUAAACCAGGUAUAUAUUACUUGAGUACAACUCAUAAAUACCCUUAUUACUUAGGUAAAGAAGGGGUCUAUAGAAGCAAUGAUGUUAUUUUAAAGCAACUAGGCUCUUUGAAUGAGGCCGAAGAAUUGAUGGUUUAGUAAAUUGAAAAUAG